AUGGCUGCCAAGACGGCGAAGGACGGCCGUGCUCUUCUCAAGCCCGUUGUCGUCCGACAGAAGGCCCAGCAGCAAGAGACGGAUGCUUCUGAUCUCGUAUCGAACCUCAUAGAAGCAGCGAAGAAGAUGCAGAUUCGCAAGCUGAGACGAACAAUCGUAGACAUCAAGAAGCAGAGCAGCAAGAACCCGUCGGGAGGUAGAGCUUCAGGCGUCAUGUCACCAGCACUUGGCCUCGGAAAUGUCUCUGCUCUGGAGUCCAGACCACUCAAGACGCCUCUGGUUCAACCAAGCAUCAAUGGCACCGAUGACAAGGGCCGAACGGCUCUCCAUUUCUCCUGCGGGAUGGUUUCUACAGAAUGUGCAGUUGUGCUGCUAGAAUCAGGCGCUGAGGUGAACGUACGGGACAACGAGGGGUUCACUCCCCUCCACAUGGCAGCCGGCUACGGUCGCAGUCAAUCAGUCGAGCUCCUUCUCAAAGCAGGAGCUAACCCGUUCGUCAAAGACAAGAUCGGACGCACCCCGCGGGAACUCGCCGUGGAAAUCCGAGACACCGGCAUGCGUCACGACGGCUCCUCCGUCCCUCGCGGCGACAUGGAGUCAACAAUCACUCUCCUGGGCAGCGCUGAGUGGAAGGAACACCAGGCGGCGAAAGAGAGACACCACAAUGCGAUUGGUGGAAAUUCGGUGGAAAGCAGCGGUGGUUCUGCUGCAGAUGAUGGGGCGAAGCGGCCGGCUGUGGGGACUCCGUUGGACGAGUUGCUGGUUGCGGCGCAGGCGGGGGAGGCUGACGGCGUGGCGAAGGCGCUGGCGAAAUUGGAAGCGAGGUCGGAUGUUACAUGGAUCGCUGGGCGUGCCGCUUCUCUCGCGAACGCGUUCUCAGCAGCCUGCCGAAACGGCCAUGUAGGCAUCGCCGAGACGCUGCUCAAAUCUGGAGCGUCCGUUGACGCUGUGGACGGGGAGGGAGCAACGCCCCUGCUGGCCGCUGCUGACAGUGGCUUCGCCAACUGCGUGCAACUCCUGCUAGAAGCUGGCGCUCAGCCUGAUGCCCCCACAAUGCCGUCCCAAGGUUCCACUCCACCAGCGCUCCCUCAUUGCUCGCCCAAUGCCUUCCCAAUACGUGCAUACAACGGUCAUGAGGAGGCUCUCUCAGCGCUCGUGCGCCACGGAGCUGGUGUCGAUGCGAGGUCGCAUGGAGGCGUCACGCCCCUCAUUGCUGCUGCAGAGGGCCAGCAUGCACCCUGCAUCCACCUGCUCGUCCAGUAUCCAGGGCAAGACAGCGCUGAUGCACGCAGUGGGGCGCAACUCAGUGCCUCAGCUGGAGGGUGCGUGGAUGCUUCUCCCCUUCCCUCACAUUCGCUAUUCCUCAAGCAGGCCGGAGCAGACGUGAAUGCACGCACGUCAGAGGGAAAGACAGCACUCAUGCAUGCAGUGGGGCGCAACUCAGUGCCGGCAACAGAGGCUCUCCUGGCGGGAGGCGCGGACGUUGGGGCUGUGGACGGCGAGGGCAUGUCUGCACUGCACCACGGCGCUCGCCUUGAUGCAUCGGACUGCGUUGAGCUGCUGUGUGCCAGGGGUGCGAGCAUGACCAAGAGGUGCAAGAAGGGCCGCACUGCUCUCAUGGACGCACCCAAGGGCUCCUCCUCUGCUGCCAUCCUGGAGGAGAAGUGGGCUGCUCUGGAAGAGGAGGUGGCGAGGCGGCAAUUGGAGCUUCUCGAGCUUUUUGCUGAUGAUGCUUCUGAUGCCGCCGCCUCCAAGCCAAACGCACCCGCAGCAGCAGGCGCCAAGAGCGGCAAGGACAAGAAGAAGGCCGGGAAGGGGAGGAGCAGGACCCCCAAGGGGAUAGCCUCCCUGACCAGCAAACUGCAGGGGCUGGCAGAAGGGCCAGGCUCGGCGGCAGGCUCGGCAGCAGGUUCGGUGGGCUCUGCUGGUUUGGUGGGUGAUGUGCAGAAUCUGGUGGUAAAGACCCCAGAGUCAUCUAGCCGACCUAGUAUGUCCCCUGUGAGUUCGGUUAUGGACUUUGGUCAGACCACUGAUAGCUCGGGGAUGAGCACUGCAGAAGACGAGGAGGGGAUGGAUGGGGAGGGGGACGGGGAGGGGGAGGAGGGGGAGAGUGAGUAUGACACACAGGAUAUUUUUGAAAUUAUGGCAGCUGCUAGCAAGAAGGGUUCUGGUGGGGUUGGCAGGGUUGGUGGCGGGAUUGGGUCGGGUGCUGGGGUCGAGGAUGGUAAUGAUGGGUUUAUUCCGGUGGGGAGCGGUGAGAAGGCGCCGAACAGAGUGAGUGAGGUGAGCGGGUGGCUGUCUGGGGGCAGCUACAGCAGGAAGGCUGCAGGCGAGGGUUCGGACGCAGCAGCACUGCAUAAGAAGAGUGAAGGCCCUGCGAAUGCCUCUUAUGCUGCAAGGGCCGCACAGAAGAAGAGCCCUCCUGCUGCCCCGCCGAGCUUCACACAGCAGCAGCAGCAGUCAAAGAGCAAAACUUCCCUUCCCAAGUCAGUCAAAGCUCCAGUAUCUGCUGCCUCCCAGCCGCAGCAGCACCGGCAGCCACAGCAGGCACAGCAGAAGGCUUCUCCUCCAGCAGCAGCAGUAGCAGCAGCAGCAGCACCUGCACCAGCAGCAGCGCAUGCAGGAGCGUCGCCUUGGAUCCGCGCCCUUGUGGGGGGGCAAGCUGCUUCAGCUCCAUCUCCUACCGUCCCUUUGGCUGCAACUCCAUCUCCCACCGUCCAUUCGGCCCCAACUCCAACUCCUGGCCCUGGCAGCAACCCUGCUUCGUCCACUGGCUCGCCUACUCCCAGUGUGGUGCACAGCGGUUCCAACGGAUGUGCGUGCAAGCAGAGCCAUCACUGUGGGGAGAACACAGGCGAGCUUGCGAGGCGAGUUGCCGAGCUGGAAGCAGAGCUCAGAUCCGCCAGGGCUGCAGCAGAUGCGGCCAGGGCGGCUGCAGCAGCAGAGAGGGCGAGAGCAGCACAGCUGGAACAGCAGCUGAUUAGUGGACGUAAAGCCACUGAGAUAAUAAGCGCUCGGGACAAAUCGCAGAUCCAGGUUCUGCAGCAAUCCCUCUGCUCCCAAUCCAUCUCUCUCGCAGCAGCCACCGCAUCAGCAGAAGCCUCUCGCCGCGCCCUCGCCUCCUCCCACUCCGACUGGCACUCUCAGCUGCAGCGUAUCCGCUGCCAGGCUGUGGCUCUGCUGUGUCAGCAGCUGAGCGAUAGCACUGCUGCUAGCAGAGCCAAUCCAGCGGCAGCUGACGGAGCAGCAGCAGCAGCAGCGGCAGCAGCAGCAGCAGCAGCAGCAGCAGAGACUAUGCCACGCCACUCGAGCCACGCGACACCAGGGGUUCAAUACAAGCCCUCGACCACCACUGAGCGUACCGCUGCUACGGCCGCCGACCCAGUCUCUCACGACCCCAUGCUCUCAUUCAAAGCAUCCCUGCUUGCUGGAAAGACUGGCAGAGCCGCAACUGCUGCUGGCAUUGCUGUGCCUGGUACUGCAAGGGCUGGUGCAGCCAAGCUUGGAGAUGCUGAUGCUUACCCGGCUUAUCCAGCUGAUGAGGAUGUAUCGUAUCCAGCUGACGCACUCAAGUCAGCUGUCGGUUCUGGGAAGCUUGGCUUAGACUCACUCCCAAGAUGA